GCUUCAUCCCGCCCCGCCGUGCCCCGUCGCGCCGCUCUGCUCCGUCGCGCCGCUCUGCCCCGCGCUCUGGGUCCGCUGCCAUGACUGCGCGCGGAACUGCGAGCCGAUUCCUGACCAGCGUCCUACACAACGGGUUGGGGCGCUAUGUGCAGCAGCUGCAGCGUCUCAGCUUCAGUCUCAGCCGCGAUGCUCCGUCGUCCCGCGGCGCUAGGGAGUUCGUGGAAAGGGAGGUGAUCCACUUCGCCCAUCGCAACCCAGGGAUCGUAGUGUACGUGAACCCCCGACCGUGCUGCGUGCCCAGAGUGGUGGCCGAAUACUUGAACGGGGCGGUGCGCGAGGAAAGCAUACACUGCAAGUCGGUUAAGGAGAUCGCCACGCUGGUGCAAAAGCUGGCAGACCAGUCAGGCCUGGAUGUGAUCCGCAUCCGCAAGCCCUUCCACACGGAGAACCCCAGCAUCCAGGGCCAGUGGCACCCCUUCACCAACAAGUCCACGACGUUCCGGGGGCUGCGCCCCCGGGAGCUCCAGAAUUGUGCUUCAGCCCAGGGGCAAGCACAGUGAAGAGUCGUCCCACCUACUCCCACCCAGGUUGGACUAUUGCCCAAUAGAGAUGUUUCUUCCCCUGAGGAUUCCAAGCUCAAGCACAUAGUCUUGCUUGGGAUAAAGAACUGCCUGUUUGGUGCCAAUGUCCUGUGCUAAGAGCCAGGACCUUUUGUUUCCUAAUUCAAAUUAGUGAACAUCCCUGAAACCUGAGAUGAGAGGUGCUUGUCGUCCAAAAACUGAACUGAAGCCACAAGCCGUAAAUGCAGCACUUGGAAAGCCAAGGCAGGAGGAAAUAGUGAGUUUGAGGCCAUCCUGUGUCAAAAAAAAAAAAAAAAAAAAAAAUCCAAAUUGAUAAUGCUGACUUCAAAACACUAGUGGGGAGGGGUUUGUCUCUGGGCUGGCUUCGCAGAAUCCGUGAUGUUCUGCCACAGCCCUUGAGCUAGAGUGGACUGCUGUGACCUGACAUUGAGCAAGACUAUGUGAAUGUGAACAGAUUAAAAAACUGAUGUCAUUAAACUUAUGUAAAUUUUUCUUCCAAA